AUGGCGGCGGCAGUGCGCAUGUGGAUGUGGUUCGCCGUGCUGCUUGUCGCUGCCCCUUAUGGUGCAGCGGUUGCACCUUGCUUCUAUGGUGGCAACGAGUCAGCCGCCAUCCACGUUGAUGCCGACGUCUCGUACGGCGCGGCCUACAACAGCUUUACCGAGCGGCAUGAGACGCUGCUGCUUGACGUCUACACCACCGCGGCUGGCACCCGCCCCGGGGCCAGCCCUCGUCCUCUGGUGGUCGUUGUUCACGGUGGAAACUGUCAGUUUGGCACCAAAAGUGAUCCCGUGUUUGUGGCGUUGGCUCAGCGCCUGGCACGCCUCGGCUUUGUUGCCGCCUCUGUCGACUACCGCCUCUAUGCCGACUGUGUUACCGGUAUCGAACCCGUCACCAAGGACGUCGUAGAUGCCCUUGAAUACCUUCACACCAACGCUGCCACCUGGAACAUUGACAACACGCGAAUCGCCCUGGUCGGCUCCUCAGCCGGUGCCAUCGCCUCGUUGCGUGCCGGAUACGUUACCGGAUCUCCGCAUGCCAAGGCCAUCAUCUCCAUCUCUGGCUUGCUUCUCAACCUCCCCGACAUCAACGACGUGGCAGCCAUCGACUCAUCAGAGCCCCCCCUGUAUCUGCUACAUGGCACUGACGAUCCCAUACUUCCCUACUCCUCCUCUGUUGACAUGUAUGCCGAGGCCAAGAGCAAGGGCGUCCCAGCCAUCCUCCGUCUGUGCCCUGCCGGUCAUGUGCCGUGGGAUCUCGUGCUCACCACGUACUUUGGUGAUAUCCUGCGUUUCCUUGUGGCCAAACUCGAUUUGACCCCCAUGUGUGACAAGCCCGCACCCGUCAACAUCACGUUUCCCCUCCUCUACUCCAACCUCUCGGCCAUUGCGCCCACCGCUAUCGAUCGCACCGCUCAGAUUCGUCCGGCUCGACACUACAAUACCUCCGCCCUUCCCGCUCUCGUCGUUCAACUCUCCAACUCUCCCUCGAUGCCAGAGCUGAAUCUCGCUACUCCCUACCAUACUUUGCAGCUUGAUGAUGCUGACUUUGCUCAAGCCAACCCGCGCAUCGUACUGCAAAGUGCCAUUCUUGCCAUGACGCUUAAAGGCAUGGAAUUUGACGGACUCCAACUAUAUCUAAUCGCUGAUUCUGCACAUGCAGCUCUCGCGUACAACCUAUCGUGCGUGGCGGGCGACCAAAUCACGGCACUCCUUGCUACGUCAGCUGGCCUUCCUUCCCCUAAUACCCUCGACGAGUGUGGGUGUGAUGGCAAUGACGACGCCCCCUGUUUUGAUCGAGACCAAUGCCCCUUGACAACCGUCCUGGCCCAGUUUUCUGCCACGGAUGUCUGUUUCAGUGGACAAACCCAGACGCCGCGCCUGGUGCUCCAAGGCUCGGCUGAUACCACUACCCCCACCGACGGCGGCUCGAGCCAUGAUAACUCAGCCGGAAGCUGGCUACAACUGCCUGCAGACUAUGUCUUUGCCUGGAUGUUCAAGCUUGGUGGAGAUCGCGCGGUGGCAAGCGCCCCGCUGGGCGCUCCAGUUCCCACUGAGGCGCCGGCUUGGUCGUGCCGCAAUUGCACUGAUUGUACGGUGGACACUGUGGCCUGUGCAGUGCAAGGCGCAGGCGGCAACCUGAGCAGUCAAUUUUUUCGCGCCAACACGGAGACCUUGGCCUUGUGGGGUCUGCCCUCUCCCAGUGGUGCUACUACCACAACUGCGCCCGCCCCAUCAACCAACGCAUCCAAUACCGGUGCUAUCAUUGGCGGUGUCUUGGGAGGCCUUGCCUGCGUGGCCUUGCUCAUCACUGGUACCCUUGUGCUGCAGCGACGCAAAUACUUUCAACGCGCACCUUCGGUCACGUAUAACCAGUUUGAGGGCAGCGCCGAGGAGUCAGACGCUGAGGGUGACUUGGUAGCCAGCGAUCCUGUCUGAGGAGAAGUGCCCACGAGUGCCGCCUCAUCAAGUGAUAUAUUCGAAGCAGGAUCUCGUGUUUCCCCUGCUCGUGAGUGCUCGCAUUGGUUUGGGUACCCCACUUUGCAACAAACUGUGUGUCAUCAUGAUUCUGUAAUUGACGUCUCAAGCUGGCCCAAGGACAUCACAUGAAACAGUUUUCAAUAUACCAAUUGGCUUUGAGCUCUUGGGACGCACACUUGGCACAAUUGACACGACCAGU